CAAGCGUAGGAACACGAUAAGCUCCCGUCAACAAACAGCAUCUCCCCUUUCUCUAUCUUCGUCUCUCAAAUCGAAGUAAAAAAUUGCGAAAAUUCAUCGAAUUCGUUUCUUCAAUCGGGAAUUUCGUCGCUGGAUCGGGUUUUUCUCUCACUUGAUUCGUCGGAUCUUUUCGAUGCGAUGCUUCUUGGCGUUACUGAGAGGGGCGUCGUUUGAUCUCUCGAUCGGAGCUCGGAUCGCGCCUCACCAUGUCCUGGCUUUCCUUCUGGCGAUCCCGGAAUCGUUUCUCGUUGGAUGAGCUUCGAUAUCUAACCGAUCAACUUCAAAGGGUUCAUAUUGUGAAUGAAGUUAACAAGGAUUUCGUCAUCGAGGCUUUGAGAUCAAUUGCUGAGUUGGUAACAUAUGGCGACCAAAAUAAUCCUUCUUUCUUUGAGUUCUUCAUGGAAAAGCAGAUUAUGGGUGAGUUUGCACGCAUAUUGAGAAUUAGUAGAACUUCAAGAGUUGCACUUCAAUUGCUGCAGACAAUGAGUAUUAUGAUCCAGAACCUAAGAAGUGAACAUUCAAUUUAUUAUAUCUUUAGUAAUGAGCACAUUAACUACUUCAUAACAUACUCUUUUGACUUUCGAAACGACGAGCUGCUGUCUUACUACAUAUCUUUCUUGCGGGCAAUAAGUGGAAAGUUGAACAGGCAGACAAUCUCAUUGCUUGUGCAGAGUCGAAAUGAUGAAAUACUUGCUUUUCCUCUAUAUACCGAAGCAAUAAAAUACGCUUUCCAUGAUGAAAGUAUGGUCCGUAUAGCAGUACGUGCAUUGACACUUAAUGUCUAUCACGUCGGAGAUGAUUGUGUCAACAGAUAUGUUUCACGCAGACCGCUAUCGGAUUAUUUUUCAAAAUUGGUUGAAUAUUUCACAGACCAAUGUAUCAGCCUAGAUGAAUUCUCCUCACAAGCUUCUUAUUUUAACUAUCAUCUCUUUAUUUCUGCCUCUAUUCUUACGAAAGUUGAUGAAAUAGAAGACAACUUAUAUUACUUCAGUGAUGUCAUAUCUGCUGGUGUUCCUGAUAUGGGAAAAUUAAUAUCUGAUAAUGUAUUGCGGCUUUUAGUUUUUCCACUACUUCUGCCUACAUUGAAACGUCAGAUAGCUGGUUCACAAAUCAGCAUCACAACGUGCUUAUAUCUGCUUUGUUGUAUAUUACGCAUUGUAAAAACGAAGGAUUUGGCAACUAUUAUUGCUUCCACCCUCUUCUGCUACUCAGAUAUUUUCAUUUUGAAAUGUGAAACAAGACCUAAUGGCACUGACUCUAAGUAUGGUGUUUCUCAACCAUACCGCCAGGAAAAUCCGGAUUCUGUUGUUGAGGAAGAAGAUUCUGAAAGUUCAGGAGCUAAUCUGAGUGCAGUACAUUGUCCAAGUCCACAGCGCAAUGGUUAUGGUUCAAAUAUUACAUUGAGGGAAAUAUUGCUUUCAUUUAUCAUAAAUGGAGAUGAGAGUCAUGCGUUGGGUUCUUUGACCUUACUUUCUACGUUGCUGCAGACCAAAGAAUUGGACGAGUCAGUGCUAGAUGGACUUGGUAUUCUUCCUCAAAGGAAGCAACACAAGAAGCUUCUACUACAAGCUUUGGUUGGUGAAGGCGCGGGUGAAGAGCAGCUAUUUUCUCCAGAAAACAAUGUGGUUAAAGAUUACAUUGAUACUGAGCUGGAGAGAGAUCUGCAAAAGCUUAAGGGUUGCUAUGGGCUUUCAUGUUGUUGUGAUGUAUCAGUUAGCCCUCAAAAACAUAGAUACCAGGUACUCGAUGCAUUAGCGGACCUUUUCUGCAGGUCUUCGCUAUCCGCAGAGACGUUAUGGACCGGGGGUUGGCUUUUACGUCAAUUGCUCCCCCAUGGAGAGGAAGAAUUUACCACUAAUCAUCUUAAGCAACUAAAGGAUGCACACAAGUACACUACAGCUUAUCUGAAUGAGGAAAUUAAAGGAAGCUGGUCUGAUAUGCUUUUAUUAGUUCUAAGAGAUGAGUGGAGGAACUGUAAGAGAGCUAUCGAGGCUUCAUCACCUCAACGAGACCCAAAAUCCAUUCUUUUGCCACCACGAACAUGCUCGUCCGAAGGUGACUCGUCUUUUGCUGCUGGAGAAAGAAUGUGCGAGGUGGUGAAGGUGUUUGUACUUCAGCGCCAACUUCUAAUUUUCUCUUCUGGUGGAUAUAUACCUGAUCAGCCCCCUCUCCAUACUCCAGUAAGUUCUCCUGUACAUUCAAGAGCAGAGACUGCUGGUCUAGAUGUUUUUCCUCCAAAGCUGGGCAGUGAAAUAAAUUUAGAUGAAGCAAUCCCUUGUAGAAUAGCGUUUGAGAGAGGAAAAGAACGCCACCUGAGCUUUUUAGCAAUCUCUAAGGGCACGUCUGGUUGGAUUCUCCUUUCGGAAGAAUUUCCCCUAAAGCAGCGAAGUGGAAUUGUUCGCGUCACAGCACCCUUGGCUGGUUCAGAUCCCAGAAUUGAUGAAAGACAUCCAAAGUGGUUACAUUUGCGCAUUCGUCCAUAUUCUCUACCCUAUUUGGAUCCCUUGAAAUUUACAGCUUCGGGGAAAGGGAAAGCGAAGGUGUUGGUUGAUGGCAGAUGGACCUUAGCCUUCAGGGAUGAAAAAGCUUGCAAGGCAGCAGAGUCUAUGGUCAUCGAAGAGAUGAAUUUGCUGCACAGCCAGGUGGAGGAGAGAGUGCAAUCUCUACUCAACGAAGAUCCUAUUAUACCUGAAAUUGCGUCAAAUUCUUCAAGUAGUCCUUCAGACUCUUCACAAACUAGCAGUGGCUGAUGGAGUUGUUGGAAAAACAGUAACUGUCAGAUUUGAUGGUACAGAGAGCAAUGAGGGGCUGGUGCUUGGUGAUCUUUUGCCUGUGCUUGCCUCCAUUUGUAUACAUCAUCGGAGAAUACAAACCACUGAUGAUUAGCAGUAGUAUAGAUUCUCUGAUAAGUUCAGCAGUUUAACACGAAAGUGUAAGAGUUUGAGCUGUAUGAGUUGGCAGCGUGGCUGAAUCCAAUUCUUUGUAUAUUAUUAGUUGUAUCUCACACUUUAUCAUAUCCUUGUAAUAUCCAUUCCAAUAGUCAAUUCUUUAACAAAUUUUAGAGCAAAGAUGAGUUUGUACCUGCCAUGAGAAGAAAAAAAAUGUAAGUGAUGAAUGGUGGUGGUUUAUGCGAGUGAGAGGGUGGUGUUAAUGAUAAUGCAAAACGUUGCUGAUUA